AUGGCCGAUCUAUUGAUAUAUGUUCUUCUUCCACUAACUCUUCACCAGGCAGCUCCAGCUGAGCACCAUUUGCUAAAAAAUGUAUCGGCUCUUGAGGCGCUUAGGUAUGAAGUAGGAGUAUUUAGUAAUGAGAGUGAAAAUUACUCAUCACAAGUCCGGCCACCUGGUACAAACCGUCGAAUACCUCAGACAAUAAUUGUAGGUGUUCGUAAAGGUGGGACAAGAGCUUUACUAGAGAUGUUGGACAUCCACCCAAAUAUUGUGGUUGCAGCAACGGAAGUGCAUUUUUUCGACUGGGAUGAAAAUUAUGUGAAAGGAAUUGAUUGGUACAGAGGUCUUAUGCCAUUUUCUUAUGAUAAUCAGAUUACAAUUGAGAAAACACCAGGUUAUUUUACAUCACCACAAGCACCUGAACGAAUUCAUGACAUGAAUAGCUCUGUUAAACUUUUACUUAUAUUGAGAGACCCCACUGAAAGAGUUAUAUCUGAUUAUACACAAGUAUAUUAUAACAGACUAGAAAACCACAAGCCUGUGCAGUCUUUUGAGGACAUAGUUAUUAAAAAUGGUGCACUUAAUACCAAAUAUAAAGCCAUCCAGAGAAGCUUGUAUGACUUGCAUAUGGAAAGAUGGCUGAAGUAUUUUAAUAUGGACCAAAUUCACAUAGUGGACGGAGAUACUUUAAUCAAAACUCCUCUUUUGGAGUUGCAGAAAGUUGAAAGGUUUCUUAAUUUGCCACCCAGAAUUGUGCCCACAAAUUUUUACUUUAAUCAAACCAAGGGAUUUUACUGUAUCCGCAGCGAUGGGAGAGAAAGAUGUUUACAUGAAUCCAAGGGGCGCCCACAUCCUGUUGUAAAUGAGACUAUUCUAGAACAACUUUAUUCAUACUUCAGAGAGCACAAUAGAAGAUUCUACAAAAUGGUGAACCAGUCAUUUGAAUGGCACUAAUGUAGCUUAACAGUAUUAAGCUUAAGAAUGCCAAGCUGUGAAUUGCCCGCUCAAGUUGCUUACACAAUCUUUUAUGGGAUUGAAUUAAAAUACUUGAAGAAAGACGCAUAUUAUUUUACAUGAUUUUAUGAUACUACU